AUCGUCACGUGAUACACUACGUCCAGAAAUUAAACGUGCAGCACUGCAUGCAUCCAGUCCAGUUAACUAGUACUGCUGAAAGGGUGAAUUUAGGUUAGACAGCUUUCAGAAAUCCUACACAUUUUAUGUGUGCGCACAUCCGUCCUACUGUAUGUAUAUCCGACCUUAAACGGAAUAAUAACCGAAUGCGUUUCGCCUUCAACUGUCAAACGUCAGCCAUUGUGUUUUCUUAAGUUUACCAACCAAGAUCACUAGCUUGCGAACUGUUCUCUAGACAUUUCAGUCAUGGCAUUUCUUAAAGGUCUGGAUUCACACAUCAUCAUCGUCGGCUGUGGAAUUUCGGGAAUCGGAGCUGCCCAAAAGCUACUGAAUCACGGUUUUCACAACGUACGUAUCCUUGAAGCAACCGGGACAUGUGGUGGAAGAAUACGAACGGGUCGGAUGGGCGACAAAAUCGUGGAGAUCGGCGCCAACUGGAUCCACGGGCCGUGCCAGGAGAACCCGGUGUUCCGGCUGGCCUGCCGGUACCAGCUGCUGGACGCGGAGGCGGCGAGCGAGCAGAACCAGGCCGUGGACGUGGGCGGCCACCCGCCCUUCGUGCCCAAUUGGUUCUCCAGCGCGGGCCGGCGGCUGGGCCCGGAGCUGACGGAGCCGGCCGAGGCGCUGUUCCGGGGGCUGCUGGAGGAGUGCCAGCGCUUCCACCGGAGCGGCGGGGAGCCCGUGCCCAGCGUGGGCGAGUACCUGAAGCGCUGCGCGCCGGGCCUGGCCGCCGAGGCCUGGAGGGACGCCGCCGUCAGGGAGCUCCGCCUCGCCGCCAUGAGCGCCCUGCUCAAGCUGGAGUGCUGCAUCAGCGGCACCCACUCCAUGGACCAGGUGGGCCUGGGCGCCUUCGGCAUGUACCACACCCUGCAGGGCCUGGACUGCACCUUCCCUGGUGGAUAUGAAGGCUUAAUCCACUGCAUGAUGAAAGAACUUCCAGAGGACAUUGUGUCCUACAACACGGCAGUAAAGUGUGUCCACUGGAACAGUUCUGUCCAAAGAGCCGGGCCAAAUGGGAGAGCAUUCCCAGUCUGGGUGGAGUGUGAAAACGGACAGUCUUUCCCUGCAGACCAUGUUAUUCUCACUGUUCCUCUGGGUUACCUGAAGAAGCACCAGAAGACGCUGCUGAGCCCCCCCCUCCCCCUGAAUAAGAUGCACGCCAUAGAGAGGAUGGGCUUCGGCACCAACAACAAGAUCUUCCUGGAGUUCGAGCAGCCCUUCUGGUCCGCGGACUGCGAGGUGAUCCACUUCCUGUGGGAGGACGAGAGCACGCUGACGGACGCCGUGCGGGACGUGCGCAGGCUGUGGAUGAGGAAGCUCGUCGGAUUCACCGUCCUCAAACCCACCGAGAGGUACGGUCACGUCCUCUGCGGCUGGAUCGCAGGCCAUGAGUCUGAGCACAUGGAGUCUCUCCCUGAGGAGGAGGUGCUGAAGGCAAUGACCCAACUCAUCCGCCAGUUCACAGGUGAUCCCACAAUCACCCCGAAGAAGAUGGUGCGGUCCAGGUGGUUCCAUGAGCCCUACACCUGCGGGUCGUACUCGUACGUGGCCAGGGGCUCCUCUGGGUACGACACCGAGAUGCUGGCAGAACCCCUCCCGCUGAAAGGCUCCACCACCGAGCCCCUGCAGGUCCUGUUCGCCGGGGAGGCCACGCACUGCACGUUCUUCUCCACCGUGCACGGGGCACUGCUGUCGGGCUGGAGAGAGGGCACCAGGAUCGCCUCACACUACGGAUCGUCCUCCUUCCCCGCGUCCCUCAGCUCCAAGCUGUGAGGGCCAGGCGCUGGUCCUCCGAAGAUAAAAACCCUACGGAAACGUUCGGCUGGACAUACCCAAGCAAUGUGAUUCUGGAAGGUUUCAGCAAAGAUAUACUGUAUUACUGAUCAGGAAAAGCUGGUUUUGGAUCCCUCCUAUGUUGCAGCUUUGCACAAAAUAAUACUCCGCUCAGAUCUGGACGGUCUACUCUGCCUGUUACCCGGAGGUUCUGGGAGGGGUGAAGUGUGAACGUCAUGAUUAUCUGUUUUGUACAGAUCCUGUCUUUGUAUGUAGCUCUCUAAGUAAUGGGUCCUAGCACACAUUUCUCUGGUUGUUAUUGAACACGCAAAAUGAAUUUCACACUCCAGAUAUACAGUAUUUGUCACUUUGUAAGUGAUGGAUGUGCAAGAUGCAUAACUGAUCACCUUUUCAGUAAUCAGCACUCAGUGGCCAUUUUGUUUCUGCGAGAAACGUCCAUCCUCAUACCUGCGGACUCCAUUUCCAGUGAUUUGGUGUUUCUUGACAUUUUAAGUACUACACAAGGCCAUUGAGCUGGACCAAAUGCCUUUAUGAAAAUGACGGAAAUCUACUUGAUGAAGAGCUGAACUGAAUCUAUUCAAUCGUUAUCAAGAUUGAAAAAGCAAAUAUAGUGUGUAUGUGAUGAUUUUGCUACGCUUGACCAAAGUAUUUGCUGAUAUUCAGUGCUGCUGACACGGGUGCAGCCUCUUUCAGUUCUAUGCUUUUACAUAUUAGGGCACAACUCUGAUAUGCAGUCUUUUACCAAACAUGGUUUUGUGCAUUAUGGCAAAACAGAGCCUUUCUAACCCUUCCCAGACUGAUUGAUUAGCAGUAAUAAUUGCUUCUCUGAGGUAAACACAAAUGUAUUUGGUCGUUGACAUGCCAAUACAAACAUGAAUGCUCCACACUAAACUAAACUUAUAAGGCACUUAUCAUGCACAGACUGCUUCUUUAUUUUGGCUGAAUAAAUAAUUCCGAAGUAAAAUUACAUUAUGAGUCACAUGAGGUGACAUUUAUACGGUUUGGACUUGAGUACUCGAUGCAGGUCCGAUGGAAGACCAUAGAAUUGAAAGAGCUUGUACUUUUCUUUUUCACAUCAGUGAGUAAUUUCAUGUCAUCCUUUUCUAUACAGAAGAUGUAUUGGAUAUCUUGCAAAAAGUAUAUUUUGUACAAUGAAUUGCACUUUAAUUACAUUUCACGAAUAGAAUAAAAAUCCACAAAAGUGUA